UUCACACUCCAUUCACACUCCAUUCCAACGUUGCCAGCAGCCUUCAUUCCUCGAACUCUUCUCCUCCGGUAGAAGGUGUUGUCGCCGCCAGCGGGAACAGACCGUGGGUGCUUUCGUCAUCUGGGGAAGCUCUACUCGGCCCUCUUCGCAUCGUGCCUCCUCUCCUCGCUGUCGCACGAAGUUCUGAGUUGAGCUCGUGGCGUCGCCGUCGCGAAGGGUUCCUCCCCUCCUCGCCGUGCAUUGUUUCUGAUUCUCUGCUCUUUGCCGUUUUUUAUUUAGGAUUAAGCUAGGGUUUGCCUUUGAUUUUGUGAUUUAAUCUCUGCUUCCUUUAAUUCUUUUUAGCGCUUUUACGAACUUCUCCCUUACAUGACAGAGCAACUAGGUGCAAAGGAGUUGAGGAUUGACCAGCCUUGAAGUUUGGUAAAUGUGGUGUUUCAUAUCUUCAAAAUUUGCUUCAGGAAGUGCAGCGAUUAGUUGAUUAUCAGGUAACAUUAGUUAUGAAGAAUGGAUGUCUCAUCACUUGAACAAAAAUCCCUAUGAAAUAUGGAAGAGUGGAUGUCUCAUCACUUGAACAAUGUCCUAAAGAAGGCAGACUUCCAGGUUUAUGCUAAGAAGUAUGCUGAGGAUCAGGUAGCAUUCUUCAACGAUUAUGCUGAAGCCCAUGCCAAGCUAAGCAACCUUGGUGCAAAAUUUGAUCCUCCAGAGGGCAUAGUAUUAGAUCCUUCUCCAAAGCCACAAGCAGAGAAGUUUGAAGCAGCAAAGUACUCAACUGAAAAGGAUUAAAAACAAGUGUCAUGUUUUCUUGUCCCAGUAUCUUCUUUUAGUAAUACAGGAAGAAGUAUUUUCAAAUCAUGUGAUAUCCAUGUAAAAUUUGGAAGUCUUAAAUGAAGAAGAAAGGAAUAAAAAAUUCAAUAGUGUGCCAAUUUGAAUUGCAGAGAGAGCUAUCUGAUACUAUGAAGCAGAAGAUUCGAUCUGAAUAUGAGGCAAUUGGUGGAAGCCCAGAUAAGCCCCUACAGUCAAACUAUUUUCUUAAUAUCAUGAUUAUCAUUGCUGUUUUGGAACUUUUGACAUCACUGCUUGGAAAGUGGUUUUUGGAAGUAAUCCAAAGUAACUUUCAUUUAUAUUUUUGGAAAAGACUCGAAAGAAGUUAGGAAAGUUGGAACGGAAAAUUGGAAAGGCCAAGAAGGAAAAGCUGAAACAGAGAUGGAAUGAGGCUUAUGUCAGCUAUUAUGAGAAGGUUAGAGCGUCAAGUAGUUCUAGUACAGUUCCACUACCACCGCCACCGCCGCCACCCUCAAUGUCUUCGGAUGAAGACUAUGAUGAUGAUAAGGAUGAAGAUGACACUGAAGACUAUAGCUGAUAGUUUUAGUAUGGUUGAACAAUAUACUAGGAAUCAAGACAUUUUGUUUAUGUUUUGAAUUAUAUUGACUUGCUUGUUUAUAGUACUUUUCUUUUAGUUUGAUAAU